AUGGCUGCCUCCAAGCCAGUCGAGCCGCAGUCGGGCACCGGCCUCCCCCGUUGGCAGCUGGCUCUGCUGGUCGGCGCGCCCAUAGUGCUCGGGGUGGGAGCUGUGUAUCUAUGGAACCGCAGUAGGGGCAAGGGACGGCUAGGAAAAAGCAGCGGCGAGCGGAUAACACCGGAAGGCAGCGCCAGUCCGGAGGAGGGCCAAGACGGCUCCUCGCGAGCCAACCGGGAGCUGGAGAACUUGAGUCCUUUGGAUCGUGCCCAAGCGGCAAAGAACAAAGGCAACAAAUACUUUAAGGCAGCCAAGUACGAGAACGCCAUCCAGUGUUACACAGAGGCCAUUGCGCUCUGCCCCACCGAACAGAAGAGCGACCUGUCGACGUUCUAUCAGAACCGAGCGGCGGCGUAUGAGCAGCAGAUGAAAUGGACUGAGGUGGUGCAAGAUUGCUCAGAGGCGGUAAAGCUCAACCCACGUUACAUAAAAGCUCUCUUCAGGAGGGCCAAAGCUCUUGAGAAACUGGACAAUAAGAAAGAAUGCCUGGAAGAUGUCACCGCCGUGUGUAUCCUGGAGGCCUUCCAGAACCAGCAGAGCAUGUUACUGGCAGACAAAGUGCUCAAGCAGCUGGGAAAGGAGAAGGCCAAAGACAAAUACAAGAACCGAGAGCCGAUGAUGCCUUCUCCCCAGUUCAUCAAAUCCUACUUUGGUUCUUUCACCGAUGACAUCAUUUCGCAGCCGCUGCAGAAGGGCGAGAAGAAAGAUGAAGACAAGGAUAAUGAGGGCGAGGCCUCCGAGGUCACGGCUAGUUCGGGCUACCUGAAGGCCAAGCACUACAUGGAUGAGGAGAACUACGACAAAAUCAUCAGCGAAUGCACUAAGGAGGUGGACUCGGAGGGCCGCUACAUGGCUGAGGCGCUGCUCCUGCGCGCCACCUUUUACCUGUUAAUUGGCAACGCCACCGCCGCUCAGCCCGACUUGGACCGCGUCAUCAACAUGCAGGAAGCCAACGUCAAGCUGCGGGCCAAUGCCCUCAUCAAGCGUGGGAGCAUGUACAUGCAGCAACAGCAACCAUUGCUUUCCACACAGGACUUCAACAUGGCAGCAGAGAUCGACACACGCAAUCCCGAUGUGUACCAUCACAGGGGGCAGCUUAAGAUCCUGCUGGACCAAGUGGACGAAGCUGUAGGAGACUUUGACGAAUGCAUCUUGCUCAGACCUGACUCUGCUCUCGCCCAGGCUCAGAAGUGCUUCGCUCUGUACAGACAAGCAUACACCGGGAACCACCCAUCACAAGUCCAGAUAGCCAUGGAUGGUUUCGAGGAUGUUAUCAGAAGGUUUCCCAAGUGUGCUGAGGGCUACGCACUAUAUGCUCAGGCUUUAACCGAUCAGCAACAGUUCGGAAAGGCAGACGAGAUGUACGACAAGUGUAUUGAACUGGAACCAGACAACGCCACUACAUAUGUUCACAAAGGACUGUUACAGCUCCAGUGGAAACAAGACCUGGACUUGGGCCUGGACCUCAUCAGCAAAGCCAUUGAAAUUGACAACAAAUGUGACUUUGCUUACGAAACAAUGGGAACAAUCGAAGUUCAAAGGGGUAAUCUGGACAAGGCAAUUGAAAUGUUCAACAAGGCUAUCAACUUGGCAAAAUCGGAGAUGGAGAUGGCCCACUUGUACUCUCUGUGCGACGCGGCGUACGCUCAGACGGAGGUAGCCAGGAAGUACGGCCUCAAGCCCCCGACGCUGUAA